UCCAUAGCACCACAACUCCUCACAUUCUAAAGAAUCAAACCUUUCUUUCUUCUCAGUGAUCUCUUACUUUUUCUUUCUUUAAAGAAUUUUACAACAAUGGGUUUUCGCUUUGCAAGCUUAGUUCAUGCCAAACAACUCAUUCAGAAGCCUUUUUCAAGUACAAAAGAUGUUCCAAAAGGGUACUUGGCAGUUUAUGUUGGAGAAAAGAGAAUGAAGAGAUUUGUGAUCCCUGUGUCAUUCUUGAACCAGCCAUCAUUCCAAGACUUGCUAUGUCAAGCUGAACAAGAGUUUGGAUUUGAUCAUCCAAUGGGAGCUCUUACGAUUCCCUGCAAUGAAGAAGCCUUCAUCCAACUCGUUUCUCACUUGAACGUCUAAUGAUGAGUAGACAGAAAUAGAAGACAACUGCUAACAAUACUGCUAAUUACUACAAUUUUGUAAAGGCAUAUGAUGCCAAUACCAUGUACAUAUUUUUUUUUCCUUGGAGACCAAAAGCAAAAUGUCCCCAAGAAUGAUACAAAUGAAUAAAAUUGCAUUUUUUCUUCAA